CAGUCCUAGGCACUGUGAAGCAUAUCGUUCUGCCUCUGAAAAGUUUGAAGCGAAAAGUGGGUGUGUACGCUAUAUCUAUCUGCAUUCAUGGCAAAGAAGAGUGAUCAGAAUCUGACGCAAAAUCUUCUGAAGAUUGUUGAUAAUGGCAACUUAGCAACUCUAAGAAAUCUUCUGACGAAUGAGAGUGUUAAUGUUGAUGCAACCAAUAAGCAUGGAGAGGGAGCUCUCCAUAUUGCUGCAGGUUACGGGCGAUUAGAAAUAGUUAAAGAAUUACGACAGUUUGGAGCUCGUCUUGACAUUUCAGAUAAACAAGGAGACACACCUCUUUACUGGGCUUCAAGACAUGGCCACAAUGACGUUGUGAUAUAUUUGUGCUCUAAUGGAGUUGACAUUAAUCAUCAAGAUAAAUCUGGUGAAACAGCUACCCAUGUUGCUGCUCGUUAUGGUCACCCUGAUGUACUAGAAUCACUUAUAUCUUUUAAUGCUAACCUCGACAUUCAAGAUAAUGAUGGCGAUACACCUGUGUUGUGUGCUUGUUGGCAUGGUUUUCAGAAUAUAGUAGAGAGGCUGAUACUAGCAGGCUCUUCUCUGAGUCUUACUAAUCGAGAUGGCGAUACAGUUCUUCAUGUUUCAUCAGUUAGAGGGAACUAUACAAUUGUUCGAUAUUUGUGUGAGAAAGGAUCUGAUUUGAAUGCUGUAAAUAAGGAAGGCCAAACUCCACUUUACUUAGCAACUAAAAGGAAUCACUUAGAUAUAGUUCAGUUCUUCUGUGAACAGGGCUGUAACUUAAACAUACAAGACAAAAACGGUAACACCCCGCUUCAUGAAGCAUGUAAAGAUGGUAAACUUUCGCUUGUUCACACAUUGUUUGCAGCUCACUGUAAACUUAAUGUCUGUAAUAAGCAAGGAAUGACUCCACUGCACUUAGCCGCACUACAUAACCACAUUGAGAUUGCAAGGCAUUUGUGUUCAGCUGGUAGUGACUUGAAUAUACAAGAUAAUGAAGGAUUAACUGUUGAUCAAUUGGCAGCCUCUACUGGUAAUAAUUCCUUAGCUGCUAUGCUAAAGACAUUACACCAGGAAGGAAUGAGAGACAAGUGUCUCCAUGAAAUAACUCUGGGAAUGGUUCAAGUCAACAAAGUGAGGCUUUUGGUAUGUGGGGCAGCUGAUGUUGGGAAGACAACACUCAUUGGAUCUUUAAAAGCCAGAUUCCUUCGCUCACUUCGUCCGACAAAGUUUGGAGGUAGCUAUCUUGGUCCAGCAGCAUAUCGUCACACGUUUGGGUUUUGCGUGGAGCAAUUGAACAUACCUAAUGCUGGUGAGUUUAGUGUAUGGGAUUUCUCUGGCCAUAAAGACUAUUACCUCACUCAUGAGUACUUCCUUGAGUCAAGGAAUACAAUAUAUAUUGUUAUGUACAAUCGUCUUCAUUCAUAUGAACAACAGUUAGCUCAAGUUCGAUUCUGGCUGGCCAUGAUCAAGUCAAAGCACCGUCCAAGCAAAUUCAUUCAUUAUGGUGGUCAUGCUGGCCAGAAGCCCUUUGUUAUUCUGGUUCAGAGUUUUGCCGACAAUCCAAACCAACUACCACCGAUUCUAUUUGGAUAUAACAUGGAAGAUCAUUUUGAUGCUACCACGUCACACAUGAGGACUAGCUCUAAUGGAGUCAAGGAUCGCAUAAUGUCCGUACAAGAGCCUAAAAGGUUGUUACAGCAGUUAGUGGGGGAGUUUGGACAUCAUUUCAUGUUUACCGAUAAAGUAUUUUGUUUGGAUUGUCGUCAACCAAGAGGAAGAGAAAUACAGUCACUACGUAGUUUACUUGGAACUUUGAGACAAUCAAUGUUAAAGGAGCAGCCUUGGGUCCCUCAGCUUGUUACUACAUUGCAGCAGACACUGCCCACCUGGAGAAAAGAGUAUUCACAGUUUCCUGUCAUGACGUGGGAGGCGUUUCUUUUGUGUGUACAGGAGCAAGUGAACCCUCUUGUCACUCCUGAGACCCUGCAACUUGUUGCCAAGGCACUGAAUGAUACUGGAGAAAUCAUUUAUAUAACUGAAGGGAAACUAGAGAAUUUGCUGGUACUCAAUCCUGAUUGGUUGGGGCAGAGGAUAUUUGGUCCAGCAUUAGCGCCAGAGGACUCACUCUCUCCUCAGUUCAACUCGGUUACUGGUCUUAUAUCCUUAAGGGAGAUACGGCGUGUCUAUCCUGAGCUCGAUCCUCUCUCCGUUGCUCAUUUAAUGGAACAUUUUGAAUUGUGCCAGCCAGUAGGGAACAGAGAGGCAUAUCAAUUCCCACUGCUUAUCAGAAUGGAGCCUCUUUAUGGCUUGUGGGAGAAGGACCCUCAACUGACUGUGUAUGCUGGUAUUAGACUUGAGACGUCUUCUGAAGCAAAUAUAUUUUCUCCGAGUGUAUUCCCCCGGGCACAGCUUCAUAUUCGUAACAUAUUCUCUGAUGAUAUUGAGGAUCAAGAGGUCAUAUUCUGGAGUGAUGGUCUCAAGUGUUGUCGAGGUGAGGUUGAGAUAUGUGUCAGACAGCCGGAGCCUAAUCGCAGCAUAGAGAUUGCUGUUAGAGGCACUGAGGAUUGUCGUACCGAAUGCUUUGCUCUUCUCCAACAGUUUUACGAAAUAUUGAGUAAUAUCAUACUUGAUUCAAAUCCUGGAACUAGCUUCACGCUUAAGGUUCUGAGUACUCGAUCAAUGGCGGAGCAUCAGAAAAACCCUCACAUGUAUUCGUCAAUGGAAAUAUUUAAUGCCGAAAGGAACACUGGAGUUUUGAAUAGUCCUAAUGCAGAGAUUGGCUCUGGAGAGAGCAUAGUUGAUCUUCUUUGCUGUGGCUGUAAAGAAUUAGAGAUAUCUGUCAAAUCUGCCCCUUUUACAUCAAUAAGAGAUAUCCCUCUUAAGACAAGAGUUGAGCUUUGCCGUAUGCUGGACCCUCCUGACCCAUUUGGUCGUGAUUGGUGCCUCCUUGCUCUACAGUUAGGUGUUCAAGAGGAUGUUCCAGUCAUAGAUGUCUCGUCUGAUAUGGGCAGUCCUACUGAUAAAUUAUUAUUAGCAUGGGAAAACAGGAGUCAUGAAACAGUAGUGAUGCUGGUUGAUGCUUUGACUGGGAUUGGUCGUGAAGACGUUGCUGCUGAGCUUGUCAAUGGACUUUCACCUUUCAGCAAUCCAAGGAACUCUCUUUUUGUAAAUAUUGAUGGUGUAGUGUCUACCUCAUAUGUUGUUUGAAAUAAUUUUUAUUAUAAUAAUAUUAUCAUUGC